GGGACACAGACAAAGAACAGACACACACACACUAACACGAGGAGGGAGCAGAGGACUUUUCUGUACACACAGUGGAUUUUACACUUGUGGAAUAUAAUUCAUACUUGGAGCUUUGCUGGAGGAGCCCGGCCCCGGAUGGAAAGGGUUGUCGCUGGCUACUCCGAGGUCUUAGCUCCCAGCCAUGGGGGGCUGCCAGAGUCACCCCUCUGCUGCGGAUACACAAAUAGUACCCCAGCCCUCUGACGUCAACAAACUGGGAGAUAAUAACAAUGAGCUGGUGUUGGAGGAGCGUCCCUAUCUGCAGCAGCAGUAUAUCUCUGAGAGGAUCACACACACCGACAUGACCGCCCUCACUGCCCUGCCACCCGGACUGGACCAGGCUGAGUGGCUCGCCAGCAACACGGUAGUGUUCUUUAAGCAUAUUAACCUGUUCUCCAGUGCCCUUUCUGAGUUAUGUACUCCUACCACCUGUCCUACAGCCUGCGGACCAGAUAACACAGUGUAUAUAUGGACAGACGAUCAGGGGAAGAAGUUGAGGUGUUCCGCUCCUCUCUACUUUGACUAUACCAUGUCCUACAUCCAAGACCUACUGACAGAUGAAGACGUCUUCCCCACCAGAGCAGGGUCAGUGUUCCCAGCAGGCUUUGUGUUCUUGGUCAAGAAGGUGUUUCUGCUGUUGUUCCGUGUUCUGGCUCAUAUCUACUGGAGUCACUACAGAGAGGCCCUGGUUCUGGGACUACACCCCCACCUCAACACAUUGUUCAUACACCUCACACACUUCAGCCUUCAACACAACCUGCUGGAAGCAGAACACACACAACCUCUACAGGACCUGAUCAUUGCUCUGGGACAGUACAGCCUCACCUGACACACACACAAAUGUACCUUCACAGAUGUACACACACACACACACACACACAGCUUCAAUGAAUUUAGAGAGACAGACUCAGCGACUCUGUUGUAUAAACUGUGAGUUAACCUUUGAAUGCAGUGGGCUAAAUCAGGGUCACUUGGUAGUCUUAAGAAAAUCUACUUUGAAACAAAAGUAUACAACUCACACAUGGGCUUAAAAAAAAGAAGACACCUGU